GCUUGGGGCAGUAACUUGAGCCGGCCCUUCUGCUCAAAUUACUUUUCUCUUCCAGGAAGGUUCAAGCUACUUCCACCCCAGAACAGGUAUGUCUUCAAACCCCAGGACAGCGGGUGAGGCGCCACCGGGCACACAGAGGGAAACCUGUAAUCGCGCGACUAGGUCUAGGAGGACAUGCUCAUUGGUCAGCCGUCGCCACCCCCGCCGCCAAAUCCCUUCGUCACAUGACGCCCCCUUCACAAGGGACGUGGCCUGCGAGCGUUUCCUUCGGUCUCCUAGCAACGGCGAUGGACCGCGAAACGGAGGGCCGCGAGUACUUGGCGCAGCACAAAAUCCCAGACCUUUUACACAAUUUGAGCGCGUUGCUGCUCUACCACCGCCCAGAAAGACCAAGAGAGUUUUUAAUAAAGACACUGGAAAAAAUAAAACUUUCAAAACUUACUCGUGUGGACUACCCCUAUCUCAUGGAUGAAUCAAAUGUGGAUGCAAUGUUCGAGAUGCUAGAUGUUGCAGGCCAAGGUUACAUAACCUUAAAGCAAUAUGAAGGAGCACUUGAAUCUUUGGGAUUGAGUAUCCAGGAUGAAGCUUACAAAGAUACUGAUAUAAUUACAGCAAGUGUCUUCAAGGAAAAUGUGAUGAAAAAAUUUGCUGAAAUGUGGGCAGCAUUUUAAUCUUCAUAUGACUUCAUAUUUUACUUCUGAAAAAGUAGUAUUUUCAUUUUUAUGUCUAUAGAUAUAGUGGCCUUGUUCAGGUGUAAUAAAAACUGCAUCACUACUAUUGCAGUUGUGGAAUUUCAUAUUUUCUUGACAAAGGUUGAAAUAUUUUGUAGUAAUCUUUCAUUGUCAAAUGCUGUGCCCAUUGCAGCCAUAAUUAAGCAGGUUUGGCUCCAUUUAUUUCACAGUGGGAGACUUGCAUUGCUUAUUGCCCUUAACUCUCUCUAUAAUGAAGGCUUAAUUAUACAUAUCUACCUGUUUUUGCUUUAUCAUCUAUCACUACCUACCAGUAACUAGAUGAGUGUCAGCUAUAUUAAAAGCUAUUUCUCAGCCUCAAGAAACCUUACCUUUAUAUUGCAAACAAUGUGCAAAAUCAUUUUUAGAUUAUAUUAAGAUAGGUUUUAAUCUAGUUACCAAAAUAAAUCUAUUAGUCUAUCAGGUGGAAUGUAAGGUUGUUUCAUUUUACACAUUUGUAAUUAUCACAGCUAUUACCAUUGGAACGGGGUAGGGUGUUUCUCCAGCACUUGCAUCAGUGAAGCACUUUUCAGCCUCACAGUCUUAUAUUUAGGUUCUUCAGUAAACAUAGGGAACUAUUGAAAACCACAGAAAAUGCUGCAGACCACACUGGCUCCCACCAUAGCACCUGGUGUUGAUAGGAGACCACUGCAAACAUUUCUGAUGUAAUAGCUCAGAGCCCUUGUAAAGUGAGUCUUUGGAAGAUCAUAGAGACAGUCCAUCUGAAUGUAGAUCAUUCUGUAUAGUUCAACAGCCAACAAGGGUGAGCAACUCAACGUAGCUCAAAAAUGAAUUAUUAAAAGAAUUAAAGAAUCAAAUUUGUCCUUCACAAACUCUUAAAAGAAUAAAAGAAUCGAAUUUGUUCCUGUAAGGGGCUUGUUCCUAUUAUACAGCAUAUGUGUUAGAAUAUUGUCUUAUUAAACAAGAAUAUCUUCUAGUUGAACAUAUUGUUCAAUUCUAAUACUUGCUGAACUGUACCAAAUAUAAAAUUGUAUCUUCGAAACUGACAUCUAUACAGCUAAUUUCACCUUCACUCAAAAAAAAAAGCAUGUUACUAAACAAGUAAGAGCACAGAGAAAUUUGGCUUUGCUUUUUAUAGAAUGCAAUAGUGAUUAGUCUCUCUUCAUUCUGUUUCCUUAUUUCCCAGUGUUAGGCCAAUUUGUUCUCAAAUUAAGAAGAAUCUCCACAUCUUGUUGAGCUAACUUGUAAAUUCCAAGUUCAUUUAAUGCUGCCACUGCUGUGGGCUGAUUUGAAAUCAAUAUGGUUUCAGUUCUAUUUUCAGUGGCAGAUUGUAGCACAUCCUUCAAGAGUAGGGCUGAGCCAACAUUUAAAUUCAGUACAAUACAGGCUUCCUUUAUGCUGCAGAAGAAAAGAAGAAAAAAAACACAGAACUUUAAAAAGCUAAAAUGGCAUGAAGAUCUGUUGUUCAGAGAAAAAAGAUGACAAAUAUUUCACUAAACAUUUCAGCCAGUAAAUAGUGAGUUUACCUCUUUGUAUAAAACUGGAAAAAACACCAUGCUUGCAGAAGUUAUGGUUCUAGCCAAAUUAACUAGAAGACAGUAGUUAAAUAACAAUAUUUAACUACUGUCUUCCAGUUAAUUUGGCUGGAGCCAUAAUGUUAUGCUUUUAUGUUUUACAUGCUGAAGUUGUUCCCUAAUUUUUCUCCAAUGGUAAUCUAAUAGUAUUAAGUGAUAGAUUUUAUAUUGUUGUGAAAGAACUCUUUCAGAUACAGAUUACUACAUGCACUGUUAACGUUUAACGUUUUCCCUGUCUUAGAAACGUGUUCAGAAAAAAAGGGAGAUGGGAAAGAUACCUUGCAGUUUCUUAUCUCAUUUUUUCCAAUAUUUAAUUUCUGAAGUAAACUAUAAUUUGAGACACGCUUACUUACUGUUUGAAAUAAUUCUCUGGCCGUUUGCAGUAAUGUGAAAAUAAAGGGAAAAGAUUCCUAGUCAUGUCAAACUGGAGCUGCGCUGCUCCUCCUUCAUUAAAGUGAUUGGCCAGUAUUAUCUGUACACAGCACAAAUAAAAGGCAAGUUAAAUUUA